GACACUCAUUAAAUUGAAGUCUCAAAACAAAAGCCUCAACUAUAAGAAGAAGAAAAAUGUGGAACAUAAUUGCUGCAGGCAUAGUAGGAUUAUUGGUAGUAGUAAUCACUCAUUGGGUGUAUAGAUGGAGAAAUCCCAAAUGCAAAGGUGUAUUGCCACCUGGCUCUAUGGGUCUUCCCCUUAUUGGAGAAACCCUUCAAUAUUUCUCUAAAAGUCCCUAUGAUGGAAUUCCUCCCUUCAUUGCUCAAAGAACAGCAAAGUAUGGAACGUUAUUUAAAACGAGUUUAGUGGGGCAGCCUAUUGUGAUAUCAACAGAUCCAGAGAUCAAUUACUAUGUGUUCCAACAAGAAGACAAGUAUUUUCAAUGCUCUUACACAAAGAGUGCUGUUGAACUCUCUGGUAAAAAAGGGUUGAUGGGUAAUGGUGGAUCUGCCCACAAAUACCUUAGGAAUUUAGUGCUAUCUCUUACAGGACCAGAUAAACUAAAGACAAAGUUAGUGUCUGAAGUUGAUAUCAUAACUCGUGAACACUUACAUAGGUGGACUACUCAAGGUGAAGUUGAAGUCAAAGAUGCAUCUGAAAUUAUGCUAUUCAUAUUUAUAGCUGGAAAGAUCCUUGGUAUGAAUGAACAAGAGGCUUUAACACUAAGAGGACAUUACAAAGCCUUUGUCAAAGGUUUUCUCUCAUUUCCUAUCAAUUUGCCAGGAACAGCUUUCCAUUCUGGUUUACAGGGACGUAAAAGUGCAGUAAAGAUGAUCAAGGACGUUUUUGAGAAAAGGAGGUCAUCAAAGGAGAAGGAAAAUGAGCAAGAUUUCAUUGAUCACCUACUUCAAGAAAUAGACAAAGAAGAUACAUUUAUAACUGAAGAUACAGCUGUGGAUUUAAUCUUCUUUGUUAUAUUUGCUGCCCAUGAAACAACUUCUUCAACCAUGACAUUACUCUUUAAAUACCUCACUGAACAUCCUGAUGUCUUAAAACAACUCAAGGAAGAACAUGAGAACAUUAUUAAAUUUCGAGAAGAUAAGGAUGCUCCAAUUUCAUGGGUUGAAUACAAGUCCAUGACCUACACACAUAGGGUUGUAAAUGAAACAGUAAGACUUGCCAAUAUUGCUCCAGGAAUUUUCAGAAAAGUACUAAAGGAUGUGGAAAUCAAAGGAUAUACGAUUCCGGAAGGAUGGACAAUGGUCGUAUGUUCACCAUCAGUUCAUCUAGAUGAAAAUAUGUAUGACAAUCCACUUGAGUUUAAUCCAUCACGAUGGAAGGAUGAAGAACUACAUGGUGCAUCGAAAAGGUUCAUGGCAUUUGGUGGAGGAAAUAGAAUGUGUGUUGGAGCUGAUCUUUCAAAGAUGCAAACAACCCUUUUUAUCCACUACUUGAUGACAAGUUUUAGGUUUAAUGUCACAAAUAAAGGGAACAUUAUAAGACAACCCUAUUUGAACUUCAACGAUGGGAUAUGUAUUCAAGUCAAUGAGAAUUGAAGAAAAAAAUAAAAGAAAUAAUUAGUGGUUGAAUUGAAGGCACUUUGGUUCCUUUUAUUUUCCUUUUGUAUUGUUGGGGUUGUGCCCCAUCUAUGUUUUCUAUUUGUCAUUUAAUAAAAGUGUUAUGCCCUGCAAAUUUUCAAUGACUUUUAAUUAAUA